AAGUGGGGGAAGAAAAAUCGGCAAAACCGGACAUGAACCAUUAGGACGCGGCUCCUGCCUACAAUUUCACGAGUGUUUUAGCCAUUUGAUCGUCGUUGAGUGGUUGAUUAUGGUGUCUGUCGCUUCCGCCAUGCAAGGUGGUUCAUCAGGCAUCGGCUACGGGCUGAAAUACCAGGCUCGGUGCAUCGCCGAUGUCAUAGCAGAUACUGAUCAUACCAGUUUCAUCACAGGCACUCUCAGUCUCAAAGACGAAAAUGAGGUGCAUUUGAUUCGGAUUUCAUCGAGUGGAUCCGAGCUUAUAUGCGAAGGUUUGUUUUCUCAUCCCAAUGAGAUCUGGGACCUGGCGUCUUGCCCCUUCGACCAGCGCAUUUUCUCUACCGUCUUCUCCACUGGUGAAAACUUUGGGGCAGCAAUAUGGCAAAUCCCUGAGUUAUAUGGUGAAUUGAAUUCUCCUCAGUUGGAACGGGUUACAUCCCUUGAUGAACAUGCUAGUAAGAUCAAUUGCGUUCUUUGGUGGCCAUCUGGAAGACAUGAUAAGCUGAUCAGCAUUGACGAGGAAAAUAUUUUACUAUGGAGCUUGGAUUGUUCAAGAAAGAUUGCCCAGGUACAAUCGAAGGAGUCAGCUGGGCUGCUUCAUUAUUUGUCUGGAGGAACGUGGGAUCCACAUGAUUCAAAUGCCAUUGCAGCAACUAGUGAAUCAUCCGUUCAAUUUUGGGAUUUAAGGACAAUGAAGAAGUCAGACUCGAUUGCAUGCUCUGCGUAUGUUCGCAACGUGGAUUACAACCCCAAAAAGAAACAUUUGCUUGUAACUGCUGAGGAUGAAACUGGAAUAUCUAUCUGGGACCUUAGAAAGCCAAAAGUCCCGAUCCAACAACUUCCUGGGCAUACCCACUGGACAUGUGCUGUUCGUUGUAAUCCUGAAUUUGAAGGGCUAAUCUUGAGUGCCGGUACUGAUUCGGCUGUCAACUUAUGGUUAGCAUCCAUGACUGAUGGUGAACUCAAAUCUGAAAGGACGAUUGAUUCACCACGAUGUCCAGUUGAUCCAUUACUGCAUUCUUACAGUGACUACGAAGACAGUGUUUAUGGCCUUGCUUGGAGCUCUCGUGAACCUUGGAUCUUUGCAUCACUGUCCUAUGAUGGGAGGGUCGUUGUGGAAUCAGUGAAGCCUUUUCUCUCAAGAUAAUGGAGUUCAUUUUAGUUUUUGUUUCUCAAUAUUCAUUGCUUCCUCAGUUUGUCUCUGUUCCACAAGCAAGAGUAAUUGUUCCUGACUUUAGUUCCAAGAAAACCCCACUCGUCUUUACAACGCUAUCGAUGAGAUUGAGAUUGAGAUUGCUCGAUGCUCGACGACUUAUCCAGUAACAGAGGAAACAUACACACUACUCGGGGAGUAAUUUUAUUGUACUGAAGAUGGGCAUAGCUGUUAUGAACAAUAUGAUUCGUUGUUUUGUUGUGUUGAACUUGCUCUACAACUAGUUCAUAUAGCUUAAACUUUCAACCAGAAAAGAAAAAUAAUGUUAUAUAUACUUCGAUUUCCUCUU